AAUAAUGAUAAUGUCAUUCAUAAAUCCAAAAGCUAAAGAGAGAAAACAACGCUUUAUUUAUCUAUCCCAAUUAAUCCAUCCAAAUCCCAUCUAAAUUCUAUUAACAAUAUGCUAGAUCCAGCCUCAGAUCUGCUACCGCCGACGUCCUCCCCCACCAUCUCCUCCGUCUCCUCCUCUGAUCUCGACACCGAGUCGACAGGGUCUUUCUUCCAUGAUAGAAGCACUACAUUGGGAACAUUGAUGGGAGUGAGUUUUCCGGCUAUCACUUUUCGAGCUCCUUCCCGGCACCAUCGCGAGACGCAACAGGCAAGCGCCGGCUCGGAUCCGGCGACGGCGUCGAAACCCAAGAAGAGGAGGGCGCUCACGGCGGCUUUCGGGUCGGAGCUUCUAGGGAGGCGGCGAAGGAAGUGGUGGCAGAUAUGCAGGGACGGGGAUUCAAAGCCCGCUUCACUCGGAGAGUUCCUGGAGGUGGAGAGGAGGUUCGGAGACGGCGCGUUUUACGGUGCGGAGGCGGAGCUUGAGGGAGUGAUUGGGACUUCGCACGAUGAGCAUCAUGAUGCGAGGAAAGGACGGUCGUUGUUUGCUGAUGGGAGGGUGUUGCCUCCUGCGUCGGUGGCUUCUCAUCCGGCCGAUGAUGAUGAUGAAGAAGAUGAAAAGGCAUCGACGGCCGGGGCUCUUUGUAGAUUCCCGGUGUCGCUCACGGGGAUAUGUAGCGGUGGCGUUGGAUAAAGUGUACCCCUUUUGACUUGUCUGCUCACCCUUCAAUAUUUUUU